AAAACAAAAACAAUACUAUAAUGUUGGUAGCCCCAAAGUCCUUGUUAGUUCUCAUGGUUUACAUUACAAUCAGCGAUGCCGAGAUAAGCGAAGACGAGAACUGCGAGACUUUGCAGACAGAAGUACGUAUUACUAAGGACGAAUAUGAUGAGAUAGGACGCCUGAGGAGAACAUGUAGCAGUGAGGUGUCAGUCACCAAAUGCGAAGGAUUCUGUAAUUCGCAAGUACAGCCAAGCGUUGUCACCACUACGGGUUUCUCGAAAGAAUGUUACUGUUGUCGUGAAAGUUAUCUGAAGGAAAGAUUCGUUGUCCUGAAUCAAUGUUACGACGCGGAUGGGAUUAGACUGAUAAACACGGAAGAUGAAACGAUGGAAAUCAAGAUACGAGAACCUGCUGACUGUAAAUGCCUAAAGUGCGCGAUUGUUGGAGUCGACGAGUGUCAGACGAAACGUGUGAUACACUUCCUUCAAUAUCCAGGUUGUAUCCCAAAGCCGAUUCCCAGUUAUGCAUGUAUAGGACGAUGCAGCAGUUACCUACAAGUGUCCGGAUCCAAGAUGUGGCAGAUGGAGAGGAGUUGCAUGUGCUGUCAGGAAAGCGGCGAGAGAGAGGCUAGUGUUUCUCUGUACUGUCCGCGGGCGAAACCAGGGGAGAAGAAGUUCAGAAAGAUGAUCACCAAAGCGCCGCUGGAAUGCAUGUGCAGACCGUGCACCAGCGUGGAAGAAUAUGCGAUAGUGCCUCAGGAAAUCGCGGGAUUUGCCGAUGAGGGUCCCUUCACGACAUCCGCACACUUCAGACGAGCUUCCGGCAUGCGGUAAACAGCACAUGAAUCUUAUUUGCGUAAAUACAAUCUUAAAAUCGUCUCCAAUAUAUGUCGAUUUAAUAUAUUUUAUUUCAAAUUAUAUUAUGAGGACUAAUAAAGAAUAUCUUUAAUGAAUACGUA